CCCAGCCCGCCGCCAAGUCUCCCUCCAGUCCACUGCAUGCGGGACGGUCCUCCUCGCCAAGCGCCCCGCCGGAGCCAAUCAUCGAGACCAUCACGCUGGAGGACGGCGAGAGCACCUCGCAAGAGGAAAUCUCGGGGGCGGGACCCGCGGCGGGCGCCCCGGGGCAGAAGCGUGUGCCCAUCUACAUGCAGGAGGCGGCGCGCGCACCACGUGUGCCGGAGAAGCGCUCCCCGCGAGCGCGCACGGCGUCACCGCGCUGGAACAAGGAGCCCGUGCGGCCCAGAGAAAAGAGGCCCCAGCGACGCACUUACAAUAGAGGGCGCGGGCGGGGCGCGGGGGGGAGGGGCCGCGGGCGGGGUCACAGCCCACGCCUCAACUCCGCCUCCGUGCCCAAGGAGCUGCAGGGCACCGUGUAUGACUUUGACUUCGACAACGACUUUGACGACGACGGGCCGGCGGCGAGCACCACCCUGGACGACCUGCGCCGCUCGCGGGAGAAGCGGCAGUCUGUGGACACCGCGCCUCCACCUGCGCCGCCUUCCCUCACGCCCACGCACGCUUCUGCUUCCGAACCUCGGGAACAGUCCCCUAAGAAGGGCGGCAAGAAGGCCAAAUCCGCCCACAAGGACAAGAGUGCGGCCGCCCCCGUCACCGCCGCCAUCGCCGCCGUGGCCAGUGCCGAAGCGGAGGAGCAGGACGACAACGUGGCCAAGAUCCUGCAGGACUACCACAACAUGCAGAACUCGCAGCUGCGGCGCAACGCACACUCACCCUCGCCGCAGCGGCCUCAGGCGCCCCCUGACGGGCCGGCCGAGGCGCCGCAGAUGCUGCCCUACGCCUCGGGCUUGGCUGAUGACAAGCUGGCGCUCUCUGGCCUGGCCGACGUGCGCGACGGGGCGCAGGUGGAGACAGGCGUGUCGGGGGCACGUGGUGCAGGGGGCGAAGACCCCGCCAAGGCCUCCGUGCCCUCGGCCCAGCUCGGCGUGGACGAGGGCACCAACCAGCUCAAGUUGAAGAUCAAGGGCCCGUACGCCAACUCGUACUCCAGCAGCAGCGUGGCGGCGCCGCCGCCUCCCGCCUCCUCCACCACCUCCACGCUGCGGCGCAUGAGGAAGAAGGAACUGAUCCGCCAGUACUGCUGCCAGGACCAGCUGCCCCCCGCCGAGCACCACGGGGAGGCGGGCGGCGCCCCCCACAGCGCUCCGAGUCCCGCGCCGCACGUGCGGUCCGGCAUCACCAUCCCCAAGGCUGUGGCCUCCAUGACCUCCAUUCCCACGCGCGAGGACUACAAGAUGUACACGCAGGAGGAGCAAGGCGGGCGGCGCAAGCGGCCCUCGCGGGAGCUGCGCCACCUUAAGAUAUGGGCCAUCAAAGAGGACGGCGGCGGCAGUGGCGGCGGCGGCGGCAGUGGUGGCGGCGGCGGCGGCGGCAAGCGGAAUUCUGAGAGCGGCGAGAAUGGAGACCCCAGCAGGAAGAGGCCGCGGAGCGCUAAGGACGCCUCAGGCAAGGGCGGCCCAGCAGAGGACGUAGCUGCUGCCGUCAACGCCGCCAACGCUGUUGCUGUCGCCGCCGCCGCCGCCAACACUGCCAAUGUCGCCAAGCCGCCCAAGCUGAGGAUCAGCCUGGGGAAGAACAAGACCGAAGUGACCACGGUGCCCGCAGAGCCUGCCUCUGACGCCGACCCCACCACGUCUGCCGCCCACCGCCACCACCACCACCACCACCAUCACCACCACCACCACCAUCACCGGCCGCCCAAGAAGCGGCUGGCGGAGGACAACCCGAUGGACAAGAUCAAGACUGACAACCUCAAGUUCCGGGAGCAGGUCAUGGCGGACUUCGAUAAGCCUGGCCGCAAGACUGCCGCAGAACGGGAGCGGCGCGCCAAGAAGCGGCGGGUGCUGGGCGGCGGCGGCGGCGGCGGCGGCGGCGGUGGCGGUGGCGGGUCGGGCUCGGAGCAGGAGGACCGACACGCGGUGGUGAUCGCCGGGGACAGCACCAACCCCUCCAAGCUCGUCAUCCGCAGGUUUAAGAGCAAGAGUGACGCCCCCGCCGCCCCCUCCGCCGCCGCCGCCGCCGCCGCCACCACCACCAACAACAACAACAACAGCACUGCUGCCGCCGCGGCCGCGGCGCCUGCUGCGGCCGCAGGGCGCCUGGCAAAGGUGGAGGACGAGCCCAGUCCUUUGCCGCCCCCACUCAAGAUCAAGUUGCCGCUACCCAAGGCUGAGCCCAAGGCGGAGCCCGAGGCGGCGCGGGACAGCAGCAGCGGCAGCGGCGGCGGCAGCAGUGGCGGCGGCGGUGGCGGCGGCGGGGGUGACUGCCCGAUGCCCAAGGUUCCUCUGCGUCUCAAGCUGUCGCGACGCCCCGACGGCUACGUGGCGUCCAACUCCCACCGGCGACCGCCCCCCGGCGUGCUGGACCAGGGUCCCGGUCCCCCCGCGCCGCCGCACCCCCCGGACCUGCCCCAGGACACACUGCGUUCUCCUGACGUCCCCAAAACCGCCCCUGCGCCCCUCCAGACCACCACCACCACUACCGCCGCCAACACCACCACUGCACCCACCACCACUCCGCCGCGGCCCUCGUCGCGCUUGGGGCUCGCGCCGACUUCUGAGGAGCGCCGCACGCCGCCGCAGAGAGUGCCAGAGCCGCGGGUUCCGCCACCUGACAGCAGGAUACCUCCCUGUGGCGCCCCGCCCCCUUCCCCGCCCCCCCAGGUAUACCAGUACAGCGGCGCGCUACCGCCUGCCCCCUCUGCACCUCCCCCCUCCCUGGGGCACGAGCCGCUCGGCCUGGGCCCCCUGGAGUACGGCCUGGGGGGGCUGGGGCCUCCGCCCGUGCACCCUGACCACGAGCAGCAGGAGGAUGUACUACAGCGGCUGACGGCGGCGGCGGCGGCGGCGGCGGCGGUGGUUCGUGGCGCUGGUGGACCGCCGCCGCCGCCGCUGCCUACCCAGACGGGGCCGCCGCCGCCGCUGCUGGACGUGACGGGCGUGGCGGGGCUGCGCCACCCGCUGUACCCCUUCAAGGAAGGCUCCGACUGCAGAUGAUAAAAGCUGCGUCCCUCUAGUACUAGUGCCACUAAUACCACUACGCUAAGGACUACACGUUAAGUAAUAGUUAUGUACUAGUUACUACUACUAGAGAGAGAGAGCGAGAGAGAGAGAGAGAGAGAGAGAGAGAGAGAGAGAGAGAGAGAGAGAGAGAGAGAGAGAGAGAGAGCCGUAACCAUGUACAAAUGUAGAUAGUGUCGGUAGGGGCGGGCGGGCGGGUCGGGGGCGCCUCCCCCUCGUGGGCUGUUCAUCACUUGCAUCUUGUUCAUCACAGCAACAAACAAACAAACAAACAAACCAGUUUUACCGAGCACUGUUCGUCUGUCUGUGUGUCCGUCUGUCUGUCUGUCUGUCUGUCUGUCUGUCUGUCUGUCCGUUUCAUUCAAUAUGUUUGGCGAGGAAGGAAGGAAGAUGCUUUGGUUCGCCCUCCGCGCCACUCAGGAGGAGGAGGGAGGCCCGCCCUUUUUUUAUAUCUUUUUGUACCAUUGUAAAUAGGAGGAAUGUACAAAUUAAUGUAUUCGCAUUUUUUAUUCUUUUUAUUACUUUUGUACAGAUUUGUUCUUUUUUUUUUCUUUUUUAAUGUUUUUCUCCAAGAUUUUCGUUCGCACUCAUCAUCAUCGUCCGCCUCGCUCGUGUGUGUGCGGAGGAAAAUUCCCUUAUUUAUUUAUUUUAACCCCUCGAAGCACGUCGUGUCACAAAUUGCGAAGGAACGCCGCCACCGCCACCGCCGCCGCCACCACCACCACCACCACCAUGCCAUCACUCAACCAUGUCUUUCGAAUGUCCCUAAAUAAUGACACUUUUUAUAAUAUAUAUUUCCCAUUUACUAUUAUUAUUUUAUUAGUAGUACUUUCUCUCACUCCUACACCCAAACUCAUUAAUUUUAUGGACAAGUUCUAUGGGUAAUCAACUCCACGCACUCUCCCCGCCCUUCCCGGUCUGGCCACGCGUUACUAGAGUGGCAGCGGAGUGGAUAUCUGAACAGGAGUGUUGAAGUGUGCCGCCUUGAGGAACAUCAGGGACAGACUCGUGUAGUGUUGCGCUUUUAUUUUGGAGACUGGAGAGGCGCCCACGUGCUAAGUGUCAGUGUGUCGGAAGGGCGUGAGAGUAGGACGCCGCCCCCUUACCCUCCAAGGCUCUCGGUGUUGUAGGUAAAGAGAGAAAGGCAUUGAGUGAGAGAAACGGUUUAACUGAGUGAUGAAAACUUAGAGCCGGGCUGUCACGGAUGGCGCCAUAGAAAUAUUACAGAAAGAAAACCGGUGAAGUGUUUUUUAUUAUUAUUACCAUUAUUAUUAUCAUUAUUUAUUGUUUUUGUACCAUUUUGCCUUCUUAGUUUUUAAUGAUUUUAUCUUAUUUUUUUUUAUUUAUUUUAUUGUCAUUGUGUUCGCUGCCAUUUUUUUGCCAUUCAUAUACUGACACUACGUCUGUUUCCCUCACCCCAUCCAUCCCCUUACACACACACACACACACACACACACACACACACACAGCUACACCAUCACGGCCGCGUUCUGUUGCGUUGUGGGGCGUUUUUCUGUGACGUGUUGGGAGAACCUUUGUAUAUAUAAAAAGAAGAAUAAUGUACAUAUAUAAACAAAAAUACAAAAAGUAAAAGAUUUUCUCCACUCACCUCGGGCUCCUCAGAAUACGAUUUAAAAAAAUAAAUAAAAAAGAAGCGAGAUAGUCUUGUAAAAUCUUUAGUGUCAUGUGAUAACAGUAAAAUUAUUGAAAUAUAAAUUUUUUAUGUUAUAUACAAGUUGUUUCAUUGUGACUACUUAAGUUGUGAGAGAGAGAGAGAGAGAGAGAGAGAGAGAGAGAGAGAGAGAGAGAGAGAGAGAGAUUCCAUGUGUAUGUGCGCCUGGUAUAUAAGUUCACUAUGACUUCCUAUGCUUUUGGAGAGAGAGAGAGAGAGAAACUGUACUGAUUGGAUUGCGAGAGAGGAAGAAGAAGUGUGUGUGUGUGUGUGUGUGUGUGUGUGUCCCAGCUGGCAAUUUCCCUAUACGUCAAAUAUAAAGGAACACACACACACACACAGUUAUCCACAAAAUCUAUUAAUAGGAAAACACAUCAAAAGUUCUUCCUUUUUAAGUGGCACAAGUAAAUUAAUGCACAGAUAAUGAACACACGAGCUUCAGGUGAUCGUCGCAUACAAAAUAAGUAAGAUUAAGUAAAAAUAAAUAAUGAGAAUAGCAAUAAUCUUUCCCUAGUUAGCCCAUAUAACUAUUUAAACGAGUGGCGUGUGUAAGAGCGUCCUUAAAUAUAGGUAGUUCACAGUUUUCUCGCCAGCAAACAAGUCGAACACAAGCACGUCUUAAAUAACAACAAUAACAGCCAUCACCCGCUCGUUAGCUAGCAAUACAAAUGAAAAGAAGCCACAGGGACUAGAUCUUUCCAUUAAUAAAUCACUAAUAAGUAAGAAAUGUUAAAAGAUUGUUACGAUAUAUGCUUAGACUCAGUAAUAAUGUCAAUAUAGUAACAAUUACCGUCCUCAGUCACUAAUAGCAUAAUUAAAUCUUCUCUAGUUAAUUGAUAAUUGUAUACCAUUAAUAUUAACGAAAUCACAGAACGCGAGAAAUGUAAUGUUUUUAUUGCAUAGGCCAGGAAAGAACCAAGAAAUCAGUCACGUAGUCCAGAAAAAGAGGCAGAGAGAGACGGGUCACCUGUGUUCGUGUAACAUCUAAUAUAUCCAUUGUUGUGCCUUAAUCCGUGUGUCAUGCUUUUUUAGGAGGCUUGCACGUGAAAGG